AUGUCCAAGGCGUUCCUAAGCGAGGUUAACACCAACUUGGGGUCAAGCAGCUCGUCCAAUCAGAGCUCUAUGGCAUCCAGUCCUGUUUCUAGGCCGAUAUUUCGGGGUCUGCCCAAGUCACCUAGGCCAUCUUUUAUUCACUCCAGGCUGUCUAGUAAAGACAAUGGAGGACUACCAGUAAAGACAAGAUUGGUGGAACAAUUUUACAAUAGUGAGCCAGCACAGCCGCAAAGGUCCCAUGGUGACUUGGCUGCCGUCUUCCGCAAUGAAGUCCUCGGAAACCAGCAAAGUAUGGGGCUAGAUGUCUUCACCGAAGAAGCACUCAACGACGCCAUUCAAAAGGGCAAGUUGUCGCAUCGGUCAGUGGACCGUGAAAUCGCAGACGUACAUGACAUUGCAGAGACUUUGAUAAACAUUGAUCAGACUCUUUCGGCAAAAAAUCUGAGAAUCCAGAACAUCGAAGAGGUGAUCGAGGUUGUCAGUCGAUCUGCACGAGAACUCGAGCGGGGGCUGGCUAGAAGCAAAUUACACUUGUCAGGGUCAUCUGUGCAGCAGUUGAUGCAUCUCAGCAGCUACUUAGAAGAGCUACAGACGUUGAUUCGAAAGGUACAGAAGGAGUUGGCGUCCACCACUACCCAGCUCGAGGCGCAGUAUCGCGAGGAGAUGAAGGCGAGUAUGGGGAUGCUAGAGACGCUCGACCAGACACUAUUCGUACUUAAUGCACGGCUAGAACUGGCUAGGGCCUCUAUGGGCAGAAAUAAAGCCGUGUUGGGAGAAACAAUGGGGGAGAAGGUUGCAGCUCUUGAGUACAUUUCAGCCAAGUUCGCCGAGUACGACCAGCUCAACCGGUACCGUAAGGUUCGACAGCUGAUCGUUGCGUUAGUGGUUGUUGUGACAAUGGUCUGUGGUUACAUGAUUGUGAGCCACACACCGAAUGUGAAGGCAACUCUAGUAAAGUGA